CUCAGUUCGGGGGUGGAUCACUUAUCCUCACUCACAAUUGCACUGGAUAACCUUUCAAACUGCAUUCCAACUCCGCAGGAGCAAUGGCAUCCUACAAGCUCACCUAUUUCAACAUGCGAGGUAGAGCAGAGCUGCCUCGGUAUAUCUUUGCCUAUGCUGGAAUUGCCUUCGAGGAUCGACGGGUAGAGUGGAGAGACUGGCCAUCGAUUAAGAAGACCUUUCCAUUAGGAAAGCUCCCAAUGCUAGAGGUGAAUGGACUCCCUCUGACCCAGAGUCUGGCCAUUGCACGGUUCCUGGCAAAGGAAGCAGGGCUUGUGGGUAACAGCAGACUAGCCGAGGCCCAGGCAGACGCUCUGGUCGACACUCUCAACGACUUCACUCUCUUAAUCCCAUGGAGAGAGGACAACCCACAGAUCAAAACACAGAAGAUUGACAUGCUUUUCCAAAGCCACGCCCCCAAGUUACUGGACCAUCUCCAGUGUCAUUUGGGAGACAGGAAGUGGUUAGUGGGUGAUUCGGAGACCUGGGCUGAUCUGUACUGCCAUGUGUGCUUCACUACCUUCAGUGUGCUGAGACCGGGCUUUGCUGAUCACCAUCCUGCCCUGUGUGGCCUGACUGACCGGGUGGAGGCCAUCCCGAACAUCGCUAAGUGGAUCCAGUGCAGACCUACAACAGAGUUCUAAAACCUGAGCCCAGUUCAGUAGGGACAAAACAGGAUAAAUGUUCUGAAGCUUAGAAUUGGUCCAAUAAUUCUAAUUUAAAUGUUUCAGUUUGCAUUUCCGUGCUUACUGAACACAAACCACAACUUACCCUGCAAUGAGGAAUGUGUAUGCAGGAAGUACUGAUGCGAGGCACAUUACUGUAGAAGUAGAGCCAGACAUGACAAAAUGAAGAUUGCAAAUGUACUUUAAAAAUAAACCAUUAAAUAUUAAAAUCUUUAUUUAAUG